UAAGCAAAAAGAAGAAAGAAAAUUAAAAAAAAAAAAGGAUAUUUUUUUUCCGAGGCUUACACCAGCUUCAGCUUUCGCACUUCCAUUUUGCGCUUUCUCACUUCCAAAACCCUAAUCCCAAACUCACUUGGUCUGAUUGAAACGACUUUGCGGUGGCUAAGAGGUCAAUGUUCGGUGGCGGAGGGGAGGACGCGCUGGCGGCGCGGCUGGGCAUGAUGCCGCCGUCGCUGCUGAAUCCAGCGUCGGUGAUGUCCGGCGAGAUGUCUCCGGCGGUUCCGGCGGCGAGGGAGGAGAGGGGGCCGGCGCAGCCGCAGUGGAGCCAGCAGGAGACGCGGGAGUUCAUAGCGAUACGCGCGGAGCUGGAGAGAGACUUCACUGCGUCGAAGCGGAACAAGACGCUCUGGGAAGUGGUGAGUGCGAAGAUGAGGGAGAGAGGGUUCAGGAGAAGCCCCGAACAGUGUAAAUGCAAGUGGAAGAAUCUCGUUAAUCGCUACAAGGGAAAAGAGACAUCUGACCCAGAGCAUGGCAAGCAAUGUCCAUUUUUUGAAGAAUUGCAUGCGGUCUUUACCCAAAGGGCACAUAAUAUGCAACGAUUACUUCUUGAAUCUGAAACUCGUUCAGCUCAAACCAAGAAAGGGGUGAAAAGAUCAAGUGGAGAUCGGUCAUCAGAGGAACUCUCAGAAGAUGACAAUGAGGUUGAAUAUGAUAGUGAAGAGGAAAAACCUUCCAGAAGUAAUACCCGCAAAAGGAAAGUUGACAAAGUUGGAGUGGAGAAGUCUUCAAGGGCAAGCAAUCCAUCAAAUUCUGCCAGUAAUAGUACUAGUAUUCAGGAAAUGCUCAAGGAAUUUUUCCAGCACCAGUUAAGUAUGGAGAUGCAGUGGAGGGAGAUGAUGGAAAGGCGUGCUCAUGAAAGACAGUUGUUUGAACAGGAAUGGCGGCAGUCAAUGGAGAAGCUUGAGAGGGAGAGGUUAAUGAUUGAACAGGCAUGGAGGGAGAGGGAAGAACAGAGGAGAAUGAGAGAAGAGAGUAGGGCAGAGAGAAGGGAUGCUUUGUUGACGACCCUUUUGAACAAACUCAUUAAUGAAUCUAACUAACGGAGGCAAUGGCUUGGAUUACUUGUAGCUGAUUACUUUGUUGUUUCCAUUUAUUAUAUGAUUCUAAGUUUAGCACAGAACGAACUAAUCUUCACCGUAGCUUUUGAUUACAGAGAAUAUGGGAAAGGAGAAUUUGGUUGAUGAAAGGAGUACUUAUAGGGGUAUAUGAACAUUUUCUUUUGAAAAUUGAUACAGAAAGAGUUUUUACUAUUUAGGGAUACUUCUGAAUGAUAAUAUGUUCUGGGACAUGUAACUAAAGACGGGUAUGGUAUUUAAGCUGUCUGUAUGAUUUUUCUUAUAUAUGUACAUAUAUAUUAUAUUAUUAUAUUGUUGGGAUGCCAAGUUUGUUUAA